UAGCGGGCGCGCUUCGUGAAACGUCAUCGAUGUGCGCCGAGGAUUUUCGCGACUUAACUUUUUUUCACUGAAUCGCGCGCUUAAAGCCGUAACUGUAGUUGCUAGAAUGUAUAAGGUCUAAAUGCGUAAGUGAUCUGCAUAUGGAGUUUCUUUAGAACUAGCGGGUUUCAGCCAGAGCCAAAACGUUACAGAAACGCUCUCUGCACAAGAGCCUCACUGGCUGGUUCGUUAUCAACCAACUCACUCCUUGCAAACAAUGAUGUUUGGGUAUUAACGUUUCCGCUUCGUUAAGCAGUUUUGAAUAUGGUUGACGCUGGGAUGUCGAACAUUACUACUGGGAAGGACUCGUCCACUAAGGAACCAUGUGAAAAGAAGCAGGACAGUGAGAAAAAGAAGAGGUCUCGGGUGAAACAGUUGCUGGCAGACGUGAAGAGACAAGUUGAGUUCUGGUUUGGGGAUGCAAAUCUCCACAAGGACAGAUAUCUGAAAAAUGUCAUCUUGCAGUCCAGAGAUGGGUAUGUUGAUAUAUCUCUUUUGACAACAUUCAACCGAAUGAAAAAGCUGACCACAGAUAGCAAGCUGAUUGCAAGAGCGCUCAAAAAUUCUGAAGUUGUCGAGGUUAAUCUUGAAGAAACACAAAUAAGGAGGAAACAGCCACUUGGGGACAGCCCGAGCGAUAUUGAUGACCGCACAGUAUAUGUCGAACUUCUACCAAAAGAUGUUACCCACGUUUGGAUAGAACGAGUGUUUAGUAAGUGUGGGAACGUGGUGUACGUCAGUAUCCCCAGGUACAAGUCUACUGGUGAUUCCAAGGGCUUUGCUUUUGUGGAGUUUCAGACUCAAGCGCAAGCACUGAAAGCCAUCGAGAUGCUAAACAACCCUCCAGAGGAUGCCCCAAGGAAGGCGGGCAUUUUUCCUAAGACCAUUUCGAGAAAACCGAUUCCGUUUCAUACAGUCGAAGAUGGCCCAAAAGAAGAAGAUGAAUCCAAAGAAGAAGAUGAGGAGGAUGUAAAGAAAAAGAAGAAAAAGAAAAAGAGAACACGCAGUGAUCCGAAAGACGAUUUUGUUGAAGAAAUGGUAACUGAGAAGGAGCGCGCUACCGAGACCGAAGUAGCCAGCCGGAAAGAAGAGCAGUGUGAGUGCGAGGGCACGGAGCUGGAGAGCGCGACUGCUGUCAAAAACUCACAAAAGAAGGCAGAUAAGAAAAGACGUCGGUCGCACAGUUCGGAGCUCUCUGGGGGAGAAGGACAUGCAGAGAAGCCUGCCAAAAUGAGGAAGGUGGAUGAGGAGGCGAGUGAUGUGAGGGCUGCUUGUGUGUGUGUGUGUGUGUCACAUGGAGCUGAUCAUUGUUCCCUAGAGAUGUCAUCUGAGAACAAUCAAGAAACUGAAAUUGAGGAUGAAAAAAAGGAUGAGAAAGAAGAUUCUAUGUUAAAGGCCAAAAGGAAGAGAAAGAAGAAAUAUAAAGAGAGACUGAAGAUUGAGGAAGAGGUUAUUCCUCUUCGAGUGCUUGCCAAGAAAGAGUGGUUGGAUCUGAAGAAGGAGUAUCUGGAUCUCCAGAAGCAGUGCAUGGCCAAUCUGAAAAAGAGUAUUUUUGACAUUCAAAAAACGGUGCCAUGUGGCCGUCGACAAGCUGUUGAGGGCAGUGAAAAAACCUGGGGUGAUUGUAACCCUAAAAAAGACGCUCCCGAUGGGCCGAAGUUUGAGUGUGGAGUCAUCCUCAAAAUCACCCACAACUUGCCUUUGCCCAACAGAAAAAGUGUCAAGGACAUCCUGUCUGAGAUAUCCUCAGUGCAGUACGUGGACAUUGUGGAAGGAGAUGCCGAGGGUUAUAUCCGCUUUAAGACCCCUGAGGAUGCCAAAGCCGUGAUCGGAGCACGUGCCGAACUGCAGAGAAAACACAACUGGAAUCUGGAAGUCCUGACGGGUGAUCAUGAACAAAGGUACUGGCAGAAGAUAUUGGUGGAUCGACAGGCUAAAUUGAAUCGACCCAGAGACAAGAAGCGAGGCACAGAAAAGCUUAUUUCCAAAGCAGAGAAAAUAAUCAUCGCUCGGACUAAAGAGGCCAACAAACACAUACGUUUCGAUGAAUAACUUUUUCAGAAUAUGCAUUUCCGAAGCAGUGUGAAGGUUUUUUUUUUUUUUUUUUUUUUUUCUUCUCCGUUUUGCACUGAUAAUUUGUUAAACUGUUUUACAGACAUUUAUUUCAAAUAAUUUCAGUUAUUGGUACAUUUUAAUGUGUUGAUAUGAUUAAGGAGUACAAGACACACAGCAAACCAGUUUCACAAAUCUUUUUUUUUUUUUAUGGCAUAAAUAUUUGGAUGUCUUUUUUUGAUAAAUGUGAAUGUGUAGAUUACUGUGCAUUUUAUUUGUAAAGCGAUAGGCUAUUUUUUAAAU